CAUCCCUCUGCCUGUGAUGAGAGCCUCUGGUCGCCUCGGCCACAGUCCUACCCAGGAGUCUUGGGCCCCAGACAUGCGGUGAACGCAGAGCAAGGGCUGCCACCGCCACCCAGAGCCUCACCAGCCAUGAACAUCCACCCCAAGGAGAUGGUGCCUCUCAUGGGCAGGAGAGUUGCUGCCCCCAGUGGGAAUCCUGCUAUCCUUCAAGAGAAGAGGCCAGUGGAGACCACCCCCACAAAGAAGAAUGCACACUUCUUCCUGGAGAUAGAAGGGUUUGAGCCCAACCCCACUGUGGCCAAGACCUCUCCCCCUGUCUUCUCCAAACCCAUGGACUCCAACAUCCGGCAGUGCAUCUCUGGAAACUGUGAUGACAUGGAUUCCCCCCAGUCUCCUCAGGAUGAUGUGACAGAGACCCCGUCUAAUCCCAAUAGUCCCAAUGCAAACCUGGCCAAGGAAGAGCAGAGGCGGAACAAGAAGCGACUGAAGAAGCGCAUCUUCGCGGCUGUGUCUGAGGGUUGCGUGGAGGAGUUGGUGGAGCUGCUGGUGGAGCUGCAGGAGCUUUGCAAGCGGCGUCGUGGUCUGGAUGUGCCUGACUUCCUCAUGCACAAACUGACAGCCUCGGACACGGGGAAGACCUGCCUGAUGAAGGCCUUGUUGAAUAUCAACCCCAACACCAAGGAGAUUGUGCGGGUCCUGCUUGCCUUCGCUGAAGAGAACGACAUCUUGGACAGGUUCAUCAAUGCCGAGUAUACAGAGGAAGCCUAUGAAGGACAGACGGCGCUGAACAUCGCCAUCGAGCGGCGGCAGGGAGACAUCACCGCGGUGCUCAUCGCGGCAGGGGCCGACGUCAACGCCCACGCCAAGGGGGUCUUCUUCAACCCCAAGUACCAGCACGAGGGCUUCUACUUCGGUGAGACACCCCUGGCCCUGGCGGCAUGUACCAACCAGCCGGAGAUCGUGCAGCUGCUGAUGGAAUAUGAACAGACAGAUAUCACCUCGCAGGACUCUCGGGGAAACAACAUCCUACAUGCGCUGGUGACAGUGGCAGAGGACUUCAAGACGCAGAAUGACUUCGUGAAGCGCAUGUAUGACAUGAUCCUGCUGAGAAGUGGCAGCUGGGAGCUGGAGACCAUGCGCAACAAUGACGGCCUCACACCGCUGCAGCUGGCUGCCAAGAUGGGCAAGUCUGAGAUCCUGAAGUACAUCCUCAGUCGUGAGAUCAAGGAGAAGCCGCUCCGGAGUCUGUCCAGGAAGUUCACCGACUGGGCAUACGGGCCGGUGUCAUCCUCGCUCUACGACCUCACCAACGUGGACACCACAACAGACGACUCGGUGCUGGAAAUCAUAGUCUACAACACUAACAUCGAUAACCGGCACGAGAUGCUUACCCUGGAGCCCCUGCACACUCUGUUGCGUAUGAAGUGGAAGAAGUUUGCCAAGUACAUGUUCUUCCUGUCCUUCUGCUUUUAUUUCUUCUACAACAUCACCCUGACUCUCGUCUCGUACUACCGCCCCCGGGAGGAGAAGGCCCUGCCACACCCCUUGGCUCUGUCACACAAGAUGGGGUGGCUGCAGCUCUUAGGGAGGAUGUUCGUGCUCAUCUGGGCCAUGUGCAUCUCUGUGAAAGAGGGCAUCGCAAUCUUCCUGCUGAGACCAUCGGAUCUGCAGUCCAUCCUCUCAGAUGCCUGGUUUCACUUUGUCUUUUUUAUCCAAGCUGUGCUUGUGAUACUGUCUGUCUUCUUGUACUUGUUUGCCUACAAAGAGUACCUUGCCUGCCUCGUGCUGGCCAUGGCCCUGGGCUGGGCGAAUAUGCUCUACUACACGCGGGGGUUCCAGUCCAUGGGCAUGUACAGCGUCAUGAUCCAGAAGGUCAUUUUGCAUGAUGUUCUGAAGUUCUUGUUUGUAUAUAUCGUGUUCUUACUUGGAUUUGGAGUAGCGCUGGCGUCAUUGAUCGAGAAGUGUUCCAAGGACAACAAGGACUGUAGCUCCUACGGCAGCUUUAGCGACGCAGUGCUGGAACUCUUCAAGCUCACCAUAGGCCUGGGUGACCUGAACAUCCAGCAGAACUCCAAGUACCCCAUCCUCUUUCUGUUCCUGCUCAUCACCUACGUCAUCCUCACUUUUGUCCUCCUCCUCAAUAUGCUCAUUGCCCUGAUGGGAGAGACUGUGGAGAAUGUCUCCAAGGAGAGCGAGCGUAUCUGGCGUCUACAGAGAGCCAGGACCAUCUUGGAGUAUGAGAAGAUGCUACCGGAAUGGCUGAGGAGUAGAUUCCGGAUGGGAGAGCUGUGUAAAGUGGCAGAGGAAGAUUUCCGACUGUGUCUACGGAUCAAUGAGGUGAAGUGGACUGAAUGGAAAACGCAUGUCUCAUUCCUUAAUGAAGAUCCAGGACCCGUAAAGCGGACAGCGGAUUGCAACAAAAUCCAAGAUUCUUCCAGGAGCAACAGCAAAACCACUCUCAAUGCAUUUGAGGAAAUAGAAGAAUUUCCAGAAACUUCGGUGUAGAAGCAGAACCCAGAGCUGAUGUGUGCAUGGGCCAUCUGAUGCUGCAGGUUGAGCCCUGGACUCCGUGCUGAGGGGCUCUGCAGAGCGGCGAUCCCUGGCUCUGACAACCUAAAGGAGAAAACACCCUCAGGCAGAGCUGGUGUCUGAACUGAGAGGCUGUUGUCAGUUUUCCAAGUGGGAAGCACCCUGGAUUUUGUUUGUGCAAACCCAUGGCCAGCAGUCUGGAGCCUGGGAGUCUCCUGAAGUCCUGGGUGAAGCCUCUGGUUUUUUCCAACUGCAGGUUGGCAUGGUUGGGAGAGCUGGGUACAGGCAAGAGGCGCAAGGGAUUGAGGAGUAGGGAUAGGAGUCUUUUCUCCUGCCAACGUCUCUCUAUCAGCCAGAUCGCAGCCCACACCUUCUGUCAUCUCUCCGACUAUGACUGGGUUGCCUGAAUUUGAUUGCCUCUUGAUCCCAUCCCAGAAUGUGCAGGGGACUGAGCUAAGCCGGAUAUCCUGGGGGAGGAGGGGAGUGGGCUAUGGAAAUGCCCUUCCGGAACCUUCAGGGAACAGGAAGCCAUUCUUGGAAUGAGUGUCCUCGACCCUUCAAGGUUCAAACUAUCUCAAACCAAGAGAUAUUUUUAGUAGCGUGAUUAACACAGCGUUUUUUAUUUUCAAUAUAGAAAAGACAUUUCAGUUAAGAAUGAAACUUAUUACA